GAAUUUUCUAAAUGUCAUUAAAAGCAAUGGCAACAAUAAAUUUAGGAAUGUGGAAUAGCUCAAAUGGGCAUCAAAGAAUUAAAAUUAUUAAUGUAGACAUAGAAAAUAAAGUACAUAUUUUUAAAACCCAAGCUUUGAAAGAAGUGAAUGAUGCAAGUAAAACUUUAGAAUUUUCAUAUUGUGGGCUAAUUUUGGACGACGAAAACACAUUAUCAUCCUACGGCAUUGCUGAUGGUGUUACAAUUCACGUAUUUGAAAAAUCUGCAGGUGUCCCUCCAGUAGUUAACAACAAAAUGACUUCAAAUGAACUAAUAGCUUCCUUUAGAAGUCUUGUUAUGUUUUCAAACUACAGGUUAGCCUUACAGAGGCUAACACGCUCCGAAGUUGUUCAAAAAAUAAUAGAAUCUUGCCCCAGCCUCCUGGAAGAUCCAGCAGCUAUAGCCCUAAUUCAAGAUCCUGAGCUAAUGUUUUAUCUAUCAACACCAGAGCAAGGAAGCGAAAUUAUAGAUAAACAUCCAGUGUUACUUGAAGCAGGAAGGCAUAUUGUUGCCCAGGUUCAACAGGAACAGGCCAGCUUAAAUCCAAACCAGGCAGGUACCAGCACAGGAUAUUCUUAUUCUUUAGAAGCCCUUUCAGAUGAUGAUGAAGAAAUGGAUUCAAGUUCUGAUAUAAGUUUUUCACAAAACCCCUUAACAAGGAAUACUUCAUUCAAUGCUAUAACUGCAGCACAAUUAGCUGCUGCUAUUGCAAAUGCAACAAAUACACAGUUUAACACUAACAGUGCUGGGGUACCUACCAGUAAUUCUAACUCCUCAAAUAUAAUCACAAACGAAAUGUUUUCCAAUGCUAUACAACAGGCUAUUGGUUUAGGAGGAUCUAGCACAGGUUUUUCUUCUAGUACUCCUAGUACUAACAAUAGAGAAGAUGACCACCAAUCUUAUGAAACUUUAAGUAUACAAUGGCAAGCACAGCUGAAGCAAAUGCAUGAAAUGGGAUUGAUUGAUGAUAUUGUUAAUAUUAGAGCUUUGAGGGCUGUUAAUGGUAAUGUUAAUGCAGCUAUUGAACUGGUUUUGAGCUUUAAUGAUAUUAACUAAAUGUAAAACUUUCUUGUAAUCUAUUUAUUAAAAUAAAAGUAUGUAUACAAU